AUGGACCGUGCGGGUCCUUCGCGCGGUGCCUACGCGACGGAUGAGAACCAGCGCCCCUCUCAUACACCGUUCGAUCCAGAUCAGGAAUGGAGCAUGCAUACGCCCUCGUCGUCAUUCACCAAAAAAUCGGCGACGGGCGCGGACUUGGCGCGUACAUUGCUGCCCAUGUCACCUUCGAAGUCUGGCGUUGAACGAGGCGGAAGUGCCAGUGCAGACUGGCUAUGUCUCGAUCUUUACCGAGUACUGACCCCUGUCACGAAGUUUCUGCGCAUACCCAGCCGCGUUCUCCGCAGCUUUCACCGCCUUAUUCUGGUAAUGACCCAUUCACCUUUUCUUAGCUCGGUGAUUGCCGCGUGCGUUGGCAUGUUAGUGGCCUUGCUAUGUACGAGCCUUGUUGCGCAUGUACGUCAUGUGCAAGACCCUGAUAAAUCCCUUCUCCCAUGGCGCGAGUACUGUGCCGUGCGUCCGCCGUUUGUGAACGCGGAUGUGGCCUCCAUCCACCCCGUAAGUUUGCUGGUGGGUGUGGUGACAGUGGAUCAUAAAUUUGCACGACGCCAAGUGAUCCGGUCGACGUAUGCGUCGUUGACGAUGCCAACGCACCCGCAAACUGGGCAUCCACUGAGUCAUGUGCAAGUCAAAUUCAUCUUGGGCCGACCGAAGAAAGAGUAUGCGGACCGCAUUGCCUUGGAAAUGGAGAUGUACAAUGAUAUUGUGAUUUUGGAUAUGAAGGAGACGCAGUGGAGCCACAAGACCUAUGAAUUCCUGCGCUGGGCCUCGGAGAAUGCCACAGUGCCUGUUCUGGUCCCGCGAAGUACGCCUGCUGUGCAUACAAUUCCAGCAGGUGACUCAUGGAAAGAGUACGAAGUUCGCUGGAAAUUGGUCGACUAUGUUAUCAAAGCGGACGAUGACGCGUUUAUUGUGUUGGAUGAGCUGGAGCGGCGACUUCGGUCCCUACCCCGGCAGCUCUUGCACUGGGGCUACAAAGUGAAAGACCAAUUUAUGAGUGGGGAGACGUAUGCGCUUUCGCACGACCUAGUGCAGUUCCUGGCGUCCUCGCCCACGGUAGCCCAGUGGCCGUCCCUGAAAGAAGAUGAGCAGGUGGCGCAAUGGCUUGCGCUGCACCCGAACAAAGAGGACAUUACGUGGGCGUCGGAGCCGUGUUGGAUUUAUGACCACCCCCGCGCGCCGACGCCGUAUGCUCAUGGCUUCCUCUUCCCCGAUGAGGUGGAGCGCAUCAAGCAUGAGUACAUGACAGGUCUGUCGACGGCCGAAAUUGAGCGGCGUGGCGGCCUGUCGAAAGCGUGGUCGUACUCCACGACGUCGCAAUGGGGCCGCGCGUAUACACCGCCGAAGCCUGAUUUGAGUGUGGAGGAGCGAGUGGAAGCCCUAGUCGAAGGGGGGGGUCGCUGGGCUGGGCACUGGUACCGCAUGAGCCAUGAAAUUGAUACGCCGCAUCUCUUCUCGCGCGAAGAUGUGGUGCUGCGGCCGCAGGAGAUGCGGCAUGAUCCAGAGCAGGCCCACACGGAUCGGGCGUUUGAUGCCCAUUGGGGGCUGCCUCUAUACCCUGCUGCCCCGACGCGUCUGGGGCAAGCGAUGCACGCGCCUCUCAUGCCGGAGCCAUGGGGCCCUACGGUAGAAGGCGUGUCGGACGAGCUGCGUCGGCAGCGCACGCUCAAUGGCACGCUGGGCGGCACGGUGGUGGUGCACUACUUGAAGCAGGACCAAUGGUUCUACGAGACAGCGCUGGCCUUGCUGGGCCGGACGCGAACUGGCGUAUGGAUCACAGUCCUGUGGUAG